UAUUUAUACUGAGGGGGAACGACAUCACUUAUCCACAACACAUUCAUUCACAUAAGGGACGGCUACUUCCAGAGCUCUGUCAGAGAGAAACCUCACUUGUUCUCACUGAUAUUGAAGUUUUCAGAGGAAGAUUUUUUUGAAUAAGCAAAGAACACAAUGAGCUACUUCAGCUUUGUUUUCGGGGUGAUUCUCCCUUUGUAUCAGAUUGGGAGUAAUCCGACCAGUGCUGGGAUGUGCUGGCUGCAGCAGGACCAGAGGUGCGACAUGGUGCUGAUGAGAGGGGUGAACAGAGAGGAGUGCUGUGCCGGGAACCGUCUGGACACAGCCUGGUCCAACAGCAGCCUGCCCAUAAACGAGGUCAGCCUGCUGGGCUUCCUGGGGAUCGUCUCCUGUAAACCAUGCAAAGAGACCUGUGAGGGAGUGAAAUGCAGCCCUGGGAAGGUCUGCAGCAUGAAGAUGGGGAGGCCUCAGUGUGUGUGCUCUCCGGACUGCUCUGACGUUUCCCAGACGCACGCUGUGUGCGGCAGCGAUGGAAAGACAUACAUGGAUGAGUGCGCUAUGCUGAUGGCCCGCUGCAUGGGUCACCCAGACCUGGAGGUCAUGUACCAGGGCGACUGCAAAAAGUCGUGCUCCAACGUGGUGUGUCCAGGAACCCACACCUGCGUGACGGACCAGACCAACAGUGCCCACUGCGUCAUGUGCCGCACCACACCUUGCCCAAUACCCAUGCUGUCCGAGCAGCCGAUCUGCGGCAAUGACAACAUCACCUACCCCAGCGCCUGCCACCUCCGCCGGGCCACCUGCUUCCUGGGCCGCUCCAUAGGAGUCCGCCACUACGGCCACUGCAACAGUCCCCCACGGAAAGCUCACGUUUUCGAUGGCAGCGAGGAAAACGCAGUCUAGAUGGACCAUUCCAGAGUCGGUUUCCAAGUGACACACCACUAGCUUCCCGCGAUGACCUCUUUUUCUCCUUUUUGACAAUCACUCCCCCUCCCCCUUGUACACAGAAUGACGAUGUGUUUUUAAUAUCGAAGACCUCUUUUGGGGUUCAACACUAGGUGUGUAGCUGCCUCGGCCGUGUUGAUGUUGCGUGACGCUGCAAGGCGGAGGCAGAGGAAAGCACGAGACAGAAAUAUCUCAUGAGCUCUUUGGGAGAUGUAUGCAUAUUGUAAAUAGAAUACCACUACUAUUUAUUGGAGAAGGUAUCUAACUCUAUUUAUGUCUUUAUCUUGGUAACAGCUGCAUAUAUCCAUGGGAAAGCUGAUGCAAUAAAAAGUGUAUUUAUUGUGUUUUUUGUUUAUUGUGUAUGUACGAAAGCAGACUGGCGGUCACUGGCAGUGGCGUGUCACAACUUUUUUACAGUUUUUGUAGUCUCCAUUCCCCCAACAAACAAAACAGUUUUCCCUCUUAAGCUAAUGGAAAGCAGCGCUAAUUUGUUUGGAAAGUUGAUUCCGCCUCUGUAGCCCGCCAGUGUGGUUUCAAUCCACCACAAACAAGAACAAGACAACUACAGCUGCACUGUACGUACUUCAGCUCUUUGUCUGGGAGGGGGUGAGUGAGUGAGUGAGUGAGGAAGGGGUUCAGUCUAAACAAACCGGCUCUGCAUGUUUACUGUGGAACCUGAUCCAAACUGUCUGCCACCGCCGACCACUACAAGUAACAGCUUGGUUGUGUUUGUCUCAGACGACUGUUGGUACAACCCCACAAAACCUUUCGCAAUACCUCCUCCGUUGAACACACAGCUUUAUUUUGUAAGUGCAUUUUUGAAGGUCGUGCUUUUUAUUCAGAUGCUGUUUUGCUGCUUUGACUUGAUUGGAAUUUUACUGGACAGAUAAAUCCAAUUAGCAUCGUCUGAUUGACAGGGAAAUUAAAUUUGUCUGGGAAUGGGACUCAAAUUUAGGCGAGCUGAACGCACCUGAUUAUGUCGUCAUCGGAGAAGAGUCAAUCAGUCCAGCACGGACACUGGUGAACCUGGUGGAUGUCAAACAAUGUCCAGUGGUCCAAGUUAAUCUUCAAACUCAAAGCAGGUGUCUGGAUGCUUUGAAUAAUCUUUUUAGUGUAUAAUGGAAUAUUUCAAUUACUCUCCUGUAAAUAACAGUCUUGUGUGUACCUACCUGAGUACCUACUGUGAAAUCUGAAUGAUAAAUGCAUCAGCAUAUUUUUGUAUUUUUGUACUGCCACUGCAAAAUAACAUAAAGUUUAAUAUUUGUCA